AUUGCGACAGUAAUAUCUGAAGCAAAAGUUAUUUGCCCUACAACCCAGUUAAAUCUCCAUGAACCUCUACAAAAUCUUCGUAUUCGUCGCGCUCAUCCUGGCCAUCAGCCUGGGACAAUCUGAGGCUGGCUGGCUAAAGAAAAUUGGCAAGAAAAUUGAACGAGUUGGCCAGCACACUCGAGAUGCCACCAUCCAGGGCCUGGGGAUCGCACAACAGGCCGCCGAUGUGGCUGCCACAGCUAGAGGAUGAGUUUGAAGUUCACUAGGACCUUAUUUAUUUAUUUAAAAACUACCAAACUGAAAUUGGCCAACAAAAUUUUAAUUCCCUCAAAAUUAAUUUAAAAUAUCGAAUUCUUUUUUUUCAGCAAUUAGGUUAAACAAAAAAUGUGUCUUUUAGCUAAUUAAUUCUUUUUUAUAAUUACACGAAACAUAUUUCGUUGCUGAAUGUAUACUGUCGUGGGCGGUAGAUCACCGGCUAUUGGCAUAAAUACUUACUUUGUCAACAAGGAAUAAAUACAAAAUCAUACACAUUCUUAUUAAAUUAAAUUCUAAGUACAACAUCACAAAUAAAUUACAGAAAAACAUA